AUGACUCUCGUACAACCCACCGUGGAGAUGCAAAGGCACAUCCGCACCGAGCUCAACGAAGACGUGUCGACCAGGGAGAAGGACCUGGAACACAUCAAGGAAUGGUUACGUAUGCAACCACACUUGCCCCAAUUUCAAGACGAUGCCCGCAUCAUGACGUUUCUCCGAGGAUGUAAGUUCUCUCUGGAGAAGACCAAGAGGAAAUUGGACAUGUACUUCACGAUGAGAGCAGCUGUACCGGAGUUCUUCAGUAACCGAGACCCGACGUUACCAGAAAUCAAAGAAGUGAUGAGAGUCGCAAACGUACCACCACUUCCGGGUUUGACGCCGAACGGACGCCGUGUGGUCAUGAUGAGCGGUGUGGAUUUGGAACAGAUGGCCGCGACCGUGGCCGAAGGUAUGAAAGUGGUGUUGAUGAUCGGCGACAUAAGGUUAAAGGAGGAACACGUCGGCGUGGCCGGAGACGUGUACAUUCUGGACGCCAGCGUGGCCACACCGCAGAAUUUCGCCAACCACUUUGCCAAGUUUACACCAUCUCUGAUCAAAAAGUUCCUCAUCUGUGUACAGGAAGCAUAUCCAGUUAAAUUGAAGGAAGUGCACGUAAUAAACGUUUCACCACUUGUGGAUACAAUCAUCAACUUUGUGAAGCCAUUCCUCAAAGAAAAAAUACGUACCAGGAUCCAUGUGCAUUCGUCGUUAGACUCAUUAAACGAAUAUGUACCAAGGGACAUGCUUCCAGAAGAAUAUGGAGGAAAAGCUGGACCAAUCGCUGACAUUAACCGUCAAUGGUACGAAAAAAUGGUGACUUACAAGGAUUGGUUCAAGGAACAAGAAAAAAUCAAAGCCGACGAGUCCCGACGCCCUGGAAAGCCGAAGACACACGACGAUCUGUUCGGAAUGGAAGGUUCCUUCAAACAACUUUCCAUCGAUUGA